AUGGAGCAUGUUGCGAGGUUCUUCUUCGGGGUCUCAGGCAAUGUCAUUGCUCUGUUCCUCUUCCUGUCGCCGAUGGUCACCUUCUGGAGGAUUAUCAAGAUGAAGUCGACGCAGGAUUUCUCCGGCGUGCCGUACAACGUGGCGCUGCUCAACUGCCUCCUAUUGGCAUGGUACGGUCUGCCGUUCGUGUCCCCGAACAACAUCCUGCUGUCGACCAUCAACGUGACUGGGUCGGUGAUCGAGGCCAUCUACGUGGUGAUCUUCCUCAUCUUCGCGGAGCGCAGGUCCAGGCUCCGGCUGCUGGGCCUACUGGGCGGCGUCGUCGCCAUCUUCACCACGGUGGUGCUGGUCUCCCUGCUGGCGCUCCAAGGCAACGGCCGCGACGUCUUCUGCGGCGUCGCCGGCACCGUCUCCUGCAUCUGCAUGUAUGCCGCGCCUCUUUCCGUCAUGAGGCUGGUGAUCAAGACCAAGAGCGUGGAGUUCAUGCCGCUCCUGCUGUCCCUCUCCGUCUUCCUUUGCGGCACCUCCUGGUUCAUCUACGGCCUGCUCGGCCACGACCCAUUCAUCUACAUCCCCAACGGGUGCGGCUGCUUCCUGGGCAUGGUACAGCUCAUCCUCUACGCCAUCUACCGGAAGAACAAGGGCCCUGCUACUGCGCUGGCCGGCAAGGGUGGCCCUGUCCCCGCAGUAGACGAUCUGGAGGACCGCAAGAAGGCCACCGCCGCGGUGGACAUUGCCGAGGCUAAGAUCAAGGUCGCCGGUAACGUCGCCGUGGACGAGUCGGCCGUCGCGGCCCAGGUGUAG